AACUUGCACAUGUAAUCACUAGUAGGUGUGUGUGUCUCAAAGAGUGAAGGCAAAUAGGGGGAAGGUCUGAGUCUGAAAUCUGAAUGAUGGAUAGAAGAUACUUUCACAAAGAUUUGCUACCUUUGGUGGUUCUUGUUGCCAAUGAAUGCAACAACACAGGCUUGUUCACUCUCUUCAAAGCAGCCACACUUCAAGGGAUGAGUAACUAUGUCUUUGUCACCUAUGCCUAUUCUGUUGCCUUCCUUGUUCUCCUUCCUGUCACUUUUUUCUACAGAAGAUCAAGAGUGGUUCCUCCACUCAGUUUUUCCAUCCUAUCCAAAAUUGCUCUUCUUGGAGUCAUAGGGUGUUCAUCUCAGAUUCUGGGCUAUGCUGGCAUCAGUUAUAGUUCUCCCACACUUUCCUCUGCAAUCAGCAACCUCACUCCUGCUUUCACAUUCAUGCUUGCUAUUAUUUGCAGGAUGGAAAAGAUAGCUGUAAGACGUAGAACUACCCAGGCUAAGAUUUUGGGCAGCAUUAUAUCAAUAGCAGGUGCAUUUAUUGUGACAUUUUACAAAGGCCAAUCGAUCAUCAUAGCUGAUAAUUCCCCUUCCAUUCAACUUCCACACUCAAAUGGCAUUCUUACUUCAGUGGAUAGAAAUUGGGUCAUUGGUGGCAUUCUGCUUACAGCUUGCAAUGUUCUACUUACUGUAUGGUUCGUUUUUCAGGUUGAAAUCUUGAAGGAGUUCCCGGAUGAACUAACUAUGGUCUUCUUUUACAACUUGUGUGCAGCCAUUGUAGCUUCAAUUGUAGGUUUAUUAGGAGAGAAAAAUUCAAGUGCGUGGAAAAUAAGACUAGAUAUAUCACUGAUCUCUAUUGUUUGCACUGGAAUAUUUAACAAGUUCCUGAGUAGUGCAAUUUAUGCCUGGGGAAUACACUUAAAGGGGCCUGUGUAUGUAGCAAUGUUCAAACCACUCUCAAUUGUUAUUGCGGUUGCCAUGGGUGUUAUGUUCCUUGGUGAUACUCUACAUGUUGGAAGUAUAAUUGGUGCCACAGUAAUAUCAAUUGGAUUUUACACUGUGAUGUGGGGCAAAGCAACUGAACUGAAGGAAGAGGAGAUCGAGGAAGAUGUUGGUAGCCUGGAAUCGCCAACUUCUGAGAAUGUUCCUCUAUUGCAAAACAAUAAAACCGUAAAUUCUGCAAAGAAUAUGGAUGGAAGUGUAUAGAAGACAGAAUUGCCAACUACAAAGAAAUGAGAAUGUUCUUGUAAAGGUAUAAAACUGUAAAUUCUAAAUAGAAGAUAGGUGGAAGUGUAUAGAAGACAAAUGUUAACUAUUUUCACCUCUUCAAUGUUGACAUUAUAGAAAUCAUAGAGACCACUUUUUGUCAUAGAACAGCAGUGUUAUGAGGGUAACACUUUGGUUUCAUUGUUCCCUAAGUACCUUAGUUCAAGGAUGUCAAACUCUUGAGUCAACUAAUAAACUCUUUUGAGUUUACAAUCCUAAGUAGAGAAAACAAGUUAACUCUACGGUAAACUCUUAUAAAUCCUAAGAAGCAAGUUAGCUAGUUUGAAAUCAAAUGUAACUUUUGUUCCUAUUGAUUGCAUAGUGUGUAGUAUUUUACUAUGACUCAAA